GAGGCCAUGUGAUGCUGGGCGAGAGAGAGCCGCCACCACCGGAGCCUCCUUCUUUCUUCCCUCUGAUUUCGGGCUGUCAUGGCGACCCCCAAUAACCUGACCCCCACCAACUGCAGCUGGUGGCCCAUCUCGGCGCUGGAGAGCGAUGCGGCCAAGCCGGUGGAGGCCCCCGAAGCACCCGAAGCGGCCAGCCACGCCCAUUGGCCCAAGGACAGCCUGGUUCUGUACCACUGGACCCAGUCGUUCAGCUCGCAGAAGGUGCGGCUGGUGAUCGCCGAGAAGGGCCUGGCAUGUGAGGAGCGGGACGUGAGCCUGCCGCAGAGCGAGCACAAGGAGCCCUGGUUCAUGCGGCUCAACCUGGGCGAGGAGGUGCCUGUCAUCAUCCAUCGCGAGAACAUCAUCAGCGACUACGACCAGAUCAUCGACUACGUGGAGCGCACGUUCACGGGAGAGCACGUGGUGGCGCUGAUGCCCGAGGCGGGCAGCCCCCAGCACGCGCGGGUGCUGCAGUACCGCGAGCUGCUGGACGCGCUGCCCAUGGACGCCUACACGCACGGCUGCAUCCUGCACCCCGAACUCACCACCGACUCCAUGAUCCCCAAGUACGCCACGGCCGAGAUCCGCAGACAUUUAGCCAAUGCCACCAUGGACCUCAUGAAAUUGGACCAUGAAGAGGAGCCCCAGCUCUCUGAUCCCUACCUUUCUAAACAGAAGAAGCUCAUGGCCAAGAUCCUGGAGCACGAUGACGUGAGCUACCUGAAGAAGAUCCUGGGGGAGCUGGCCAUGGUGCUGGACCAGAUCGAGGCUGAGCUGGAGAAGAGGAAGCUUGAGAACGAGGGCUUUCAUCGUCAGCAUCUACUCCCACUGUUCUUGUCAAGGUCACCAGUCGCCAAAUGCAAUCGCCAAUUCUCAGCCUCCUUUUCUGUGACUUCCCGGCAGCACCUGAAGCCAGCUGAGCACUCUGUCCUUGGAACACCUUCUUAUCUUGGCUUCUGGGACACCACACUCUCCUGGGUCGUCUCCCACCUCACCGGCUACUCCUUCUCACGCUCCUUCGCUGGUUGCUUCUUGUUGCCCAAUAUCUAAAUCUUGAGGCCCCGAAGCUCAGUCCUUGGUUCUGUUCUCAGCUCUGUCUCCACUCACGCCCUUGAUGAUGCUGUGCACCUGUGCCUCUAACUGCAGACACAUCGUCUCCCCCAGAAGUCUAACAGGCAUCUGGAAGCUUCCAUAUUCAAGAACAAACUUCUGAUCAGAGCCUUCAUUACACUUUAGCUCCUCCUCCCGUGAGACCGUGAGCCUCUGGAGGGAAGACAUUUGUGUUUUGUCAUGUCUUCAUGCCCAGCACAUACUACCAGAUAAACAUUUGUUGGAUGAAUGAAUGAACAUGAGGACACAGAGUGAAAGGGGGAGGCUCAGGCUGUGAGGGUGAAGGGUAUUAGAUUCAUGGAAUUUCUGAGCUGAAAGGAACACCUCUACAAAAGGGCAGAAGCAAGCUUCCCAAGAAAGCAGAUCUCACCGGAAGUGGAGAGGAAGGGGAGAGCAUUCCAGGCAUGGGGUGCAGCAGGGGCAAUGGCCCAGAGGCCGAAAUGGGCAUGGCUUGCUUGCGGGGAACAGAGGGCAAGUGGGCAAUUUGUGAGAAGUGAAGAUCAGAGAAGUAUUGGGUUGGCCAAAAAGUUCAUUUGGGUUUUUCGUAAGAUGUUCUAGAAAAAAGCAAACAAACUUUUUGGCCAACCCAAUACAUUGGAGCUCGUCCAACUACUGAAAGGGCUUAAAAGCCACGCAGAGGAAUCUGGACAUGAAUGUGUAGUCAGUGGGGAGAAUUUCAGGUUUUUGAGCAAAGCAGUGAUGAAGGAGACCAAAGGGGCUCCAGAAUUUCAAGUCUAGUGUUUCCUAAGUACACAGGCUAAUUUUAGAUGUCACAUGACCAUGGCGAUAUAUAAAACCACAUAAUGAGAAUUAUUCUUUUUAAUUCUUUUGAUUGUAUUAAAGAGUGUUAGUAUGAUGCUAGUAUUUAAUUCCUAUAAAGGGGUUAUGUAUUAAUACCUGCCCUUUUCUUCAAACAAAUAAACAAAACAAGUCUUGGGCUCAGGGAUUUUGGGCGGGCAGUAGUAUCCAGCUGGAAUUUAAUAGUGUUUGUUUUGUUUUUUGUUAAAUGUACUUUUAGCAUUGCACAUAGGUUACGGCAAAUGAUACUCUUAGUGAUACAGUUUCUUUUCUCAUUCAUCACUCAUUAAGUAAAGAUUUAGCGAGCCAGGCACUGUUCUAGGUGCAGGGGAUACAGCUGUGAACAAGACAGACCCAAAUUCCUGCCCUCAUGGAGCUUCCAUUCUGGUAGAGGUUGACAGGCAAUAAACAAAAUGAGCACGUACAGUAUAUGGUGGAACACUGGGGAAGAGUUUUAUGGAAGAAAACAGAGCAGGGGAGGAGGACGGUGACUGCUGGGAUUAGCGUUUCAAUUUUAACUGGGUGGUCAGUGGUCAGAAGACGGCACUGAGCCAAGACCUGAAAGCGGUGGAGGAGUAAGCCCUGUAGCUCUGUGGGGGAAGAGUGUUCCAGGCAGAGGGAACAGCAAGUGCAAAGGCCCUGGGGUGGGAACGUGCCUGGAAUGAGGAACUGCAAGGAGGCCAGUGUCGUUGAAGAAGGGUGAGUCAAGGGAGGGGACUUCCCUGGCGGUCCAGUGGUUAGGACUCGGCACUUUCACUGCUGUGGCCCUGGGUUCAAUCC